GUGCAAGGUGCAAGAUCAUCAUCCCAUAAAGCACAUAGCCCAUCGACAUCAUCAUUGCUGCUUCUUCAGUAAGAGAGCAGGUAUCUCUAGCCUCCGGAUACUUCGAUGCCUCUGGAAAGACUGCUCGACGUCUCAGCAUGAUCCUUGCAACAACCUGACUGUCAGACGGCACUGGAACUAUCGACUAGAAACGUUUGUGAGCUGCUAGACACACGCAACCCCGAGCAUCGCUAGGUAGACAUCAGGAUGAAGUAUAGCAAGGAGUAUGAGACGAUCAUGAAUACCGACUCCUUCCCUCCGCAGUGGAGGGAGUCGGCUAUCGAAUAUCGCAAGCUGAAGAAGCUAAUCAAGGACGUCGCCGACGAAUUGGCAGCUCUCGGACUCAAUCCCGAAGUCUUGCACAAGAUCUUGAAGCCCGAAGAGGUCCCCAACACGACCAUCUCUACGACGACUGGCGAAGCCGUCAUCCAUUCACCAAUCCCGCGCAAAACUCGACAAUCGAGCUUUACCUUAGAUUCUGCGCUGCUAGAUCAAGAGCGAGAGCGGCGAUGGGCGGAACUACAACGCCCACAGACUGCGAGCCCUGGACAGGAUACAGGCAACGAGUCGGAUGUUGAAGAGCUGGAAUUCGAAGUAGAUGAAGGUUCCGAUGUCGAUACACUGCAAGAACCAUCUCAUGGUAGGCGGUUUCGACUGAGACUACCCAGCCACAGUUCGACCAUCGAUGGCGAUGUGAGGCAGGAUCCGCAGACCCCGAGUCACGAGCAAGAAUCACAUCUCCAACCUACCGGUAUUCACGAGGCGAGAAUGGCACGAGUAAAGGCGGAAUACGUCUUGUCUGGUCCAACUGACAAACCGACGCCUGAAAUCAGGUUGUUCCUUUCGCCUUCCGCUCGUAGCGUCACGCCAUCGUCGAGAACUAAUGAAGCGAUCGACUUUAUAUCCCAAGGACGAGACUAUGAUGAUGAAGGCGACGAUUCGUCCAGCGCGCCCUCGCGAAUACAAUCGCGAAGAUCAUCCAAGUCCUCUCGACGGGGUCACGGAACCGAAUCAAUCUCGUCAGAGAGCGAGGGUGACUCCAACGGCGAUCCGAAUGCAGUCCCUCGGCGAAUAAUUCCCUCGUCUCCACGCUUGGAAAAGAUUAUCGAAUCGCCAUCUCCAAUCUUUGCCAUUUCCAACGGGACCUAUGGCCAUGGGAUGGAAUCUCUCAAGGAUCAGCUUGACGAUCUUGACUUGGGUGAUGCUGCUCUGGACGAUCUGGACGACGAUGAACCUGACGUCCAGGUCGUGUCAGGCAAGCAACGCGAAGGAGGACACAGCGAAAAGAUCCUGGAUCCCGGAAGCCAUCCCGCUGGCGACGAGCAGUCUACACUCGAUGACGUCCUGGAGUUGCCGAUGCAAGAGGAAAAUGGAAGGGAGAUCGUAGUGUCUCUCCCAGCCGACGUCGCCUUUUUCCAAGUUCUAUGCCAAGCGUUGGUCUCGUUGUCCGAGCUCCAUGCGAAGCAACAGCAACUUUUCAACACCGCCGUGCAACAUUUGUGUUCGCUCGUCUCGAGCUCGAUUAUCCCCCAACAGGGUGGCGGGAUCAUCCGCAAUAUACAUUUGCCCGCCGGUAAACGGAAAUCCGAGAGCAACACUUACGAUCCCGCACAUACACCUGGCGCAUCGUCUUAUCACAAGUCAGACCUUUACGUUUGGCGCGAAAUCUUUACGCUUUGGAUCGAAGCCCAGAUCUUCGAGUCAUCUGCCGAACGAGACAGAGGCGAGAGGUCGGUCGAGCAAGCGGACGCCCGGCUCAAGGCGUUUGCUUCGGAAGUGGUGAAGCGCGGUCUCGGUGACCGCCGUACUCUUAGGAGGAAAGAAAGCCGAGAAGCUUGGGAAGAAUUCUUGAGAUUGAACGUUUUAUUGCUGGAUCUCAAGAAGUUCCAAAUCGCCAAUAUCAAUGCGGCUAGAAAAAUUCUCAAGAAGCACGAUAAGCGGACAGCGCUGACUGCAUCCACCGGCUUUCCGCAAUUUGUGCGGUCGUCCCUUGAUGCCCACGUGGAUGCGAACGGCAACGUGAAGACCUGGGCGUUUUACUCGACUUCCCUACCGCACGUCCUUCUCACUAGCUUGACCGAGACGCUGCUUCCGAUCUUGCCGAGUCUGGAAGACUAUACCUGUCUCAUAUGUACCAGUAUCGCCUUCAAGCCGAUCCGUCUCGGCUGUAGCCAUUUGUUUUGCGUCAGGUGUCUUGCCAAAAUGCAACGGGCGGGGGCGGCGGAAUGCCCGCUAUGCCGAGCACGUACUGUACUGCAAGCCGAUCGAUCAUCUCUUGACACGGAAAUGCAGCACUUCAUGGAACAGUGGUUCCCCCUGGAAGUCAAAAGGAAACAGAAGGAUAACGAGCUCGAGAUUGCUCGGUCAGAUCCGCAUGCUCAAAUAGGACCGGAUGCCAAAUGUAGGAUUAUGUGA